GGAAAGCUGGGAAGCGCGAGGGUUAACGAGGGAAAUCCGAGGACGUCCUGUGAGUCCGACGAAGGGAAAAAGUCCAAAUUGACUCUUCGCAGAAGCGAUCGGUAAUGUGCUGCGUAGUGUAUCUUAUGAAAAAUGGAAAAUAAUACUUUUCUUAUGCUAGGGAAAGUAAGAACCGCCUUCAUAUAAGCAUUACCCCUCUCUCGCGUUCGUCCCAUCAUUAGCCUAUCAAGCCAUAUCCCUCUCUCUCAUUCACUCACUCUCUCACUCUCAUUGGUGUUCCCAGUUCAGCCUUUUUCUAGUGUGUUUGUGUGUCGACGCUUAUCCACACACACCGCCCCACUUGAGACUCCCCGGAUCGCGAGCGUCUGGAAAGCAUCACCGGUCGCGGGAACAGAAGGAGUCAACAGCCAUCCUUACGAAUAACGGGGAAAGGGUCUGACAAAAUGAGAGCGGUGCAAUAAAGGACUCAACGCGAACAGAGACAGGGAAAGGGAGUUGGAUAUCUGAGGAUAUAUAAUGCGUGUUCGUCACGGACGCUGCUGUAGGGGAACCGGAGCAGCGGCGGAUGGGGUGACACACGCUGCGUGGAGGUCCCGACGCCGGGCCCCCGGGUUGUGUGCGUCCUGGGCCGGUCUCCGGUGCUAACGAGGACGAUUAGGAGAGGGGCGGACAGAGGAUGCAAGGGGUGACGGUGACCGGAGAAGCACCCACGCUGAGUGGAGGCGGGAGGGAGGAGCAGCGUCCUCUGAAGCAGUCGCUCAGUGGCUCCCUCUGCAGGGAGUCUCACUGGAAGUGCCUGCUCCUGACGCUGCUGAUGAUUGGCUGCUUCUGCACGCUGGCCUGGUGCUCGCUGUGCCGCGUGACCGUCAUGGCGGCGGACGACCACGGGCCGUCCUUCCAGUACGGCGACCGCGCGCGGCUGUACCACGCCAGCCCCUGCUCCAACGGCUACGUGUACAUCCCGCUGGCCUUCCUGGCCAUGCUGUACCUGGUGUACCUGGUGGAGUGCUGGCACUGCGACUCGCGCACCGCCGGCCUGGCGCGCGUGGAGACCGCCGCCGUGUACCAGCGCGUGCAGCGGCUGCAGCAGGCCACGCCCUGCGUCUGGUGGAAGGCCAUCAGCUACCACUACGUGCGCCGCACCCGCCAGGUCACCCGCUACCGCAACGGGGACGCCUACACCACCACGCAGGUGUAUCACGAGCGGGUGAACACGCACACCGCAGGCUCCGAGUUUGACUACGGGCUCCACGGGGUGCGGGACGUGUCCAAGGAGCUCCUGGGCCUGCUGGAGCACCCGGCGACGCGGCUGCGCUUCACCAAGUGCUUCAGCUUCGCCUCGGCGCGGGCGGAGACGGCCUACCUGACGCAGCGCGCGCGCUUCUUCACCCGCAACGAGGGGCUGGACGACUACAUGGAGGCGCGCGAGGGCAUGCACCUGAAGAACGUGGACUUCCGCGAGCACAUGCUGGCGCUGGCCGACCCGGCGCGGCCGCCCUGGUUCUCGCGGCGGCGCGUGUUCUGGCUGGCGUCGGCGCUGCUGCUGUCCUGGCCGCUGCGCGUGCUGGCGGAGUACCGCACCGCCUACCUGCACUACCACGUGGAGAAGCUGUUCGGCGGGAGCGACGACGAUGACGACCCCGAGCGGGGGGGGGGCGGGGCUAACGACGAGGACGGCGCGGGCGGGGAGGCGGGCGGGCCCAGGUUUGGCGCCAUCCCGCGGGUGAACACGGUGGACCUGACCGAGCUGGAGUGGCACAUCCGCUGUAACCAGCAGCUGGUGCCCAGCUACUCGGAGGCGCUGCUGAUGGGCAUGGACGCGGGCGGUCCCCUGAGCACCAGCGCCGCCGUCGCCAUGACGACAGCCUACAACUCCAGCUACUUCCUGCAGAGCUGCCCCCGCUGCCGCCGGUCCUCCAGCAGCGCCUCCCUGCCGCCGCGGGUGCGCGGGAACGUGGCCCUGGGGGCGGGGGGGCUCCCCGGCGGGACGGUAGGUGGGACGCUGGGCGGGGCCGGGGUGGGGGCAGGGCGUCUGACGCUCAGCCGCAGCGGGUUCUCCCUGGGACGCCUUCGCGCCGCCCGCCGGGCCCGCCUCUUCCACUCCUGGAGCGUGGGCGGGGCCAUCGGGGGGCGGGGCAACGACGGGGGCGGGGCCGGGGGAGGGGGGAUUCUGGGACUGGGGUUCCGACAGGACGAGGAGAGCAGGGGCGUGCUGGAGGCAGAGAGGGAUGAAGAGGAGGAAGAGGAGGAGGAGGCUGGAGUGCAGGAGCAGGUGGACGAGGAGGAGAGAGGGAUGGAGGAGAUCCUGGAGGUGGGGGGAGAGGGGGAUGAGAGACGGGACAGGCCCCCGGCCUAUCGCGAAGCCCUCCUCUUCCCGGUCCUCAUCGUGCAUGGCGACGAAAGUUGCCAUGGAGAUGGAGAGCCUGCUGGGGAAGGUGGGAUCGGUGCGGGGAGAGAGGGAUGAGGAAGGAGAGACGAUGGAGAGAUGAGAGGACAGGAAGGGCAGAGGGAACUGGAGAAGAACGAGAGAAGGCGGAGACAGUUUGUUCUCUCUCUCUGUCCUUCCCUCCUCCACCCAUCUUCAGAUGAGGAGAACACAAAAAUGGCUCCUGGUGGAAGAGAAGGUGGUUUGAGGAGAGGACUGAGAAUCUGCUGAGGAACGUUUAUAAAACACUCAGAGAACGCCGUAUGUCUGUCCCCUCUGGGUCUGAGAGUAACGUCAGCUGCCUUGAGUACUGAGACACUAUAUAAGCGCCUGAGAAGAUAAACAAUCACUUGAUUUAACAAUAGCCUCUCCCUCUGAACAACUCUUUGAGUCACGAUUCUGAGUCAGUGCUCAGAAUCUCGGCCUCUAAAUGAAUCAUGACUCAGAGUCACACAGCUCUGAAUCACAAGAUAAAACGGAUUGUGAUUUUAAAAAUCGGGAUGUGAUCUACCAGCAAUCUACAAAUGCAAUACAUGCUGGACUUUAUUUACUCAGAACACACACUGCACACCCAACGCUUAAUGACAAUACAGAGCUAAAGCACAUGGCCUUUACAGUCAGUGGGUUGUUCCACAGCCAUAUAGUUUUAAAUAUUAAUACAGUUUUAAUGUACUGAAGAUAAGAUGGUGGACAUUACAGCAACAUGGAUGUAGCUUCUCUAUACCCUUGAGUCAUUCUGUUCUGUAGUAAGUCAAUCAGUCAGACUGAAUUGGUCUGUUAAAGAGAGUCAGUGAGCGAGUGAAUCAGUCCAACCGAAUUGGUCAGUUAUAGAGAGUCAGUGAGUGAGUGAAUUGGUCAGUUGAAGAGAGUCAGUGAGUGAGUGAAUCAGUCAUUUGAAGAGACUCAGUGAGUGAGUGAAUUGGUCAGUUGAAGAGAGCCAGUGAGUGAGUGAAUCGGUCAGUUGAAGAGAGUGAGUGAGUGAAUCGGUCAGUUAGAGUGAGUUGGUGAGUUAGUAAGUCAGUUGACAAUCCCAGAGAAAAAAAAGUUCUGUAAUUUUCAAAAAAAACCCAAAAAUGAUAAAUGCCCAUUAGUGUGAUGCACUGAGGUGUUGGUUAUGUUGUGUAAGAAGUUUAUAUUUUCAUGCUUGAUGUCCCCAAAACAAAAAUGUUUUCAGUGAGUCUGAGUGUGAAUACUUCCCUCCACCCCACAGUCAAUUAAAACUCCUCCCACAGUUGAUUAAAUUAAAACUCCACCCCCACAGUCUACCCCCCAAGCUAUUAAAACUCCCCCCGCAGUCUACUAAAACUCCACUAACAGUCUAUUAAAACUCCACCCCCACAGUCUACCCCCCCAAGCUAUUAAAACUCCCCCCGCAGUCUACUAAAACUCCACCUCCCCAGUCUAUUAAAAUUCCACCGCCACAGUCUAGUAAAACUCCACUCACAGUCAAGUCCUCAAAUGUAUUUAACCAAAUAAUUAGUUGAAAGUGCAUUAAAGUCCAAAAAAUCUGAUUUAAUACCGUCCUCUUUUCUCUGUGCCCAUGCAUGUCUGUGUUAACAUUUUGUUGAGCGCAGCUCUAACUUAUUUUGACGUUUACGCUCAUAUUGGCAUUUGCACGUACAUUAACAUUAGUGUUAACAUUUACACUAACAUUAACACACUUAUGUUAACAAUUACACUUACAUUAACAUUCAUACACAUUUAUAUUAAUGCUUACAUUUACAUUUAUACUUACAACUACAUUCACAUUCAAAUUUACACUAAUAUCAACAUUUACACUUACAACAUUCACACUUCCAAAUAACUGUUCAGAAAUUCAUUUUUUUUAAAGAUAUGUCUCCAUGUUAGAGGUGAUGCAGUAUCAAGCACACAUUAAAAUGCACAAGACGGCCGUAUGCCGAUGGCAUUAAGGCUCAAGACCGUGUGCAUCAGCCGCCAUUCCGGCUACGCCUGCCGCCAUUUUGGAUCACCGACACACUCACAUACAUACAUGUGCGCACACAUGCCCAAACAGGCAUGAAUCUGAACACACACAUACUCAGGCAAAGCUAAAACCCAAUCGCACACCAGUCGCAUUCUCACAUAAAUGCGCUUAUACACACACACAAAUUCUCGUGCUGCACACAGACUCGAACACACACGUCAGAAAGUCAGCGCACACACACACACACAAUGUCCUCACAUGGAUCAGCACAAACACAUGUAAUGCAAGGCCACAUAAUUAAAGUCCUGGCGCAGUACAGCACAACAGCGAGUGAAUUAUCAGACUAUCAGUGUGUGAGGAGUGUGUUUGGAGAAGUUCAUUAAAGCUUACCAGUGCACUCAAAAAAAAAAAAAAAAUCCCACAGAUAUGGAAACAAAUACUUCUAUAUUCCUACUAUUAAUACUACUAGUACUCCUACUACUGCUACUACUACUACUUCAGAUGUGUAUGAUGAUGAUGAUGAUGAAGACGAUCAAAAUAAAGAGGAACUGCUUGAUAUAAGUGGGCUUGUGUUUUCCGUGUGUUGAGCUGGGCUGGUGCCGGGUUCGAACCCCACUGCCCUGGAAUGCCACACCUUCACAUAUUCGCAUUUUGAAGUUGGAGGGGGGAGGGCAGCCCCACCCCCACUAAAGGGAUCCCGUUCAUCUCUUUGGCUCAUUGCCCCUGAAAAUGGAGGUGUGUUAAAAAGGACAUGUUAUGUGUUGAUUUUAACGCACCUGUUUUGAGAGUAUGCCGUAAAGCGGGGCUGUGAUUGGAUGAAAUGAUCGGGCUGCUGAGAACUCUGCUCCAAUGAGGGGCUGUAGCGCUGUGGCCUACAUCCCGCAGGCUGGACUUGCCAGGUGGUGGCGCUCUCAGCUGAGUCACAGCGCAAGCGCAGCGCGUGGCUGUUCGGAAUCACUGCCUGUCUUCCGGGGCUGCGGCGUUCCCUCCGCGAGCGGGUGACGCGGUAAAUAAAUAAUAGCGGCAAUAAAGAGGAGAGUGAUCAUCGCUCGUUCACGCGCCGCUGAUCAGCUGCUCCUGCCAUCAGCACAACGCAGCGUGCGCCGUGACCCGAAUGACCGACGCAGCGUCCUCUGCUGCUCGGGCUGUUCUCUCUCUCUCUCGCUUUUAAAAGGGGGCGAUCGUGACCGGCUUCGGCCGAUUCCUCCCUCACUGUCUCCCUCCGGCUACCGGAGACGAGACCCGAUAUCCGACGGUCAGCUCGCUAAUCGCUCACUGGAUAUGGAUCAGUUUUCCCACUGCCGUUCAUCACUGUGUGUCAGUUCCCAUCAAUAUUCAUGAAGGCCUGUCCAAGAGAGCCCGUAUAAAAUAUGAAAUUAAAUAAAUCAUUUUAUUAGUUUUGUGAAUAUCACGAGUAAAGAACCGGUCUGUUUGCAGUGAGAGCUUAUGUUUGCUCAAAAAGGUAUUGGAUUUUAGUGUACUUGGGUGGUGUGGGAAAACAUGGUUUAACUGUUGAAAUAUUCGACCUUCGCAGCUCCAGAACGUGCAGCAGAUAUCAAAUGCGUUUGAAAGCACGCGCAGAGCUGCUGUUAACGGUGAUGUUAUUUAUGUCUUAUUGUCCUCCAUGUUUUUUUUUAUCCGUGUGUUUCACCAAGACCUCUGUUCCAGAAACACUCAUGUCCCGAAAUUCUAGAACACUAUGAUUUACAGGGGUUCUAGAAGGAGAUGGGGGCGGGGUGCUUUUUUAUCCCCGGAUCAAUGCAGAGAGGAGGACGGAAAUGGAUGUGGGCACUGUACUCCGAAGAGGAAGAGUAUAUGUGUGUGCGUGCGUGCGUGCGCUUGUGCACACACGCAGUUCCCACAAUGUCAGUCCCAUCUAGUGGCAACUACAGCAAUGACAAUAUUUUGACAAAUCGAAAAGCUUUUAAUGCUCUAAAAAUGACAAAUUUAAAAAACGUGCAGAGGCAGCUUGUUAAAACCUGAAUUAGGAAACAUUUGCAUACCUGUUAUAUUUGCAUAAUUAUAUCUUCAAUAAUGCCAUUGUUAAUUAUUCAUUAUGGCGUUAUUGCAUAGCCUACAUUACACAUGGUUUGAGAUUGAAUGAACUGAAUGAAGCAAUUUUCUGGAUUAAUGAUUGCUUGACGGUUUAAUUGCAUUGAUUUUAUUUUAUUAACAUUAGAGUCAAUCGCUGUGCUUAUGAAUCUGGUGCUUCCAUUUAUGAAGCACGUCGCAUGAAGCACAGUGGGCUUUUCAAUAAUCUUUUGUUGUUUUUUCUUUCAUUGUUAUUAUUCACUUGUCUGUAUAAACAGAUACCUUUAUCCCAAGGAGUCCUCUCUCUCCCUCCCUCUCUACAUAUCUCCCUCGCGCCUCUAAUCUGGUUUUAUCGAGCAGGUUAGGAUGGGUUCGCGUCAGUGGUGACAAUAGAGGGAGCAGAGCGCGCGGCUGUGCUUCCGUUGCGCAGAUUUGUUUGGGAACUACCUUGGAGACGGACUGUAACCCUGGAGACGAGCCUGUCUCCUGCGACCGCACGCAACAGCACCGACCACCGACGCUAGCUGCGGAAGAGUUCGGAGCUCGCGAUUCAGAUUAUACAGCGCUAUUCCAUUACGUCACUUUGAAGUGUGUGUUGGUUUUAAUGCACCAGAAGAGAGAGAGACGCAGACAGACAGACAGACAGGCAGGCAGCUGGAUAGAUAAGCUGUAAUAAGCUGAUUGUCAGUGUUCAGCACCAGUUUAUCAGAACGGCUCGGGGAUCUGUCCUGCAGCAAUGCCACACACGAGCAGUUCAUUUCAUGCACAGUGACAUCACAGCUGGGUUCUCGCUCUCCCACAGUGACAUCACAGUUGGGAGUUCUCUCUCUCCCACAGUGACAUCACAGUGGGGCUUCCUCCCUUGCAGUGACAUCAUUGCAGGCAUGUCGGUGGAGCAGGGGGACUCUGUGCUGUGCUCGGCGGAGGCUCUGCUGGCUGAGGCUGCGCAGCUGAAGGCUCUGUGCCGGGACAGGAACCUGCAGCUGACUGCGCUGGCUGCACAGCUGAGAGAGGAGGGACGGGACCUGCGCGAGCAGUGCCAGGCUGCGCAGCUGGACAUGGCAGAGAUUCACCGGCAGCUGGAGGAGCUGCUCGACACCAAGGCUGCCAUCGAGGCCAAGGAGAGACAGGCCCGCAAACUGAGCAAGCAGCUCUGAAAGAGAGAGAAAGAGAGAGAGGGAGAGGGAGAGAGCUCUAAUGCAUCCAUAAUGCAGCCCCAACACUCAAGCUGCUGCAGCAGCUCAGGCCUGCCUCUCAGCCUGUGCAGUGAGUUUUGCGCUGGUGUCUCAGCUCUGUGAAAGCCUCCCCAGAGCACAGCGGAGAGUGAUGUGUGAAAUGCAUCAGGCCUGUCAGACAAUAAAAACGUUUCGCAGAAA